AUGUCUUUUGCUGAGCGGUUCUGGUCCCAUGACUACCAUCUGGGCUACGAGACGCUCUUCAAUGAGCUCUACGAGGGCAUUCGCGAGAACAAUGACUAUAUUCUGUUGUUUACCAAGAGGAUGGACUCUGAACAUGCUUAUGGUAGUCAGUUGACUGGCUUGGACGUGUCGGUGAAGAGAACAAGCAAGAGGCACGCCGACAACGACUAUGUUUCUACCAUCAAGAACGGGUACGAGAAAUUGACCGAAAAUUUCGCCAAACAGGGGCUGCUCCAUUUGGAAAUUGCCGGGAAUAUCAAGGUGUUGGUCUUGGAUCCGUUCCUGAAAUGGUGUGCUGAACAUGAACAGCGUGUUGAUUACUCGGAGCUGAUGAUUCUGGAGAAACACAAGGCUUUUAAGAGCGCCAGGAGCAAUUUGGAGAAGUUGCAGAAGAAAUACUUCAACAAGUGCAGAAUGCUCGAGGAGUUUAAGUCUCAUUAUUCCGAGGAGGAGCUUGAAGAACAGCUCGAGGAGGCUCAGAAUACCUCAAUUAGUGAGAGCUCUGUUCCAGAGGAGGAUGAAGAGGAAGAAGACGUGUACUAUUUCGAUAACAAGCCAUGUGACCGUAAGGAUGCUAAGGUUGUGUUGUCCAGUAUUCUUUCCAACAUCGAAUUGAAGUCCCACAAGGUAGCUAUUUUGGGAACGUACCAUAACGUGUCUACUGGUAGUAAAAUCACUCAAUGGGUCUUGGACAACAUGGAAGAUUACAAGGGCAGCAUUGACCGUGCCGAGCAGUUUGGCCAGGAUCUUCUCGACAAUGGCUUCAUUCGUCUCAUUGGUUCCAUGGGCGCCAACAAGAAUUUCAUCAACUCCUCGCAAUUCUUUUACCAGUGGAAACCUGUUGUAUUUGACAUUACAAAGCUCUCCGAGUUUGACCUUACGCAAAGCAAGAAGAGUGCCAACUACGACCCUAUCGGUGCGCUGAGCAGCCGUUCUAACCAUUUCUCCGACUACUUUGAUGAUGUGAAGCAGGCCAUGGGUGUCACGUCCGUUGACUAUAAUGACAAAUCUCAAUAUGCCAAAUUGGUCAAGGAGGUUGAUUCCUUGGACUUGCAGUAUUUCCAGACCACAAAGGAGCUCGAUAAGAUCAGAUGUUCCUUCGAAGAAAUUGUCAUGGACCACUUGACAUUCAUGCACAAAUGUGAACUUGAUCGUAUGAAGGCGAUCAAGAAGGUUAUGUUUGAUUUCGUGUCGACCUUCUCCAACAGAGUGAGCUCGAUGAAACAAGUCUCUGAGGAGAUGUUCGUUGUGGAAGAGACCAUCAACCCUGUCAACGAUCUCAAAUUUCUUAUCGAGAACUACGCUACCGGCAAGUUCGAUCCAAAGGUCACUCUUUAUGACAACUACUACAAUUCCAACAUCAAGCAGACGUUUGGUGUUGAUCUUAACGUCAAGGCUAGACUAGAUAGAAAGGCUGUUCCACUUUUAAUUCAGGGCAUCCUUUCUUGCCUUGACGGCGUAUACCCAGAACUUAAAGAUGAUGAUGAAAGAACUAAUCUUUGGACACAGCCUGUUCAUUUAUCCAAGGUCCAUAAAGUCCGUUUCCAACUUAAUGAGCUCACAGAAAUGUCUGCUAUUCAAGAAGUUUUGAAAGCAACCGACCCAAUUGUUAUAACAAACGUGUUCAAGCUCUAUUUCCUUGAAUUGCCCGAUUCUAUUAUUCCCCACAGCUACUUUGAUUUGAUCAAGACGUUAUACCUGAGCUAUCCAGUCGGCAGUGAAGAUGAAGCAACUGACAAGAGCAGGGUAACCGGAUUGCAAAAUACGCUUUCUGAAUUGCCAGUGAGUAACUUGGCAACGUUGGAUGCAAUCUUGACACAUUUCAACAGACUCGUAAACAUCAUUGGAUCGAAGAACAAAGACCUCGGUACUCAAUUGAGGGGACGCCUUUGUAAAGAGUUUGGGUCUCUCCUCUUGAGACCCAAGGAAGAUGCAGACGGGUUGUCAGAUGCCAAAUCGACGUACAGUGCAGCCACCGAAUCUCUCCAGCAGCAUUUCAUUGAGGACUUGUUUGAACACAAGGAUUCCAUUUUUGGCGAAUUGAGAAGAAGAAACUCCAGCAAGUCUGGUGUACUGAGGGAUGGAUCCAAGUCUGGCCAUCAUGAAGAAGUUACGCCCAAGGCCAGCAUUGUUGCAUCCUCUAAAUCAAGGUUGGAGAGCCGGUUGAAAAGAGCUGUCAGCAAAGCCGCACAUGAAAAAGAGGAGGACGAAGACAAAGAGAACGAUGUUGCGGAACAGCCGGAACCACCCAAGACACCUACAAAGUCGAGCAGUGGCUUGAGACGUUCGACGUCGCCAAACAAGAAGAAGCUCAACACGUUGUUGUCGGAGAAGCCCACAAACGUGUCCAAGUCGAAGAAGAAGGAGAAGCUUCAAAGGGUACAGUCGUCAGACUCGUCAGAGUUUGCUUCUGCUGCAUCAGAGACAGGAUCGGGACGCCAGAGUCUUUCUAAAGACGAGGAAGAGAUGCCUCCUAUGGUGCCACCAAAGACGCGGUCGCCCAAAAAGAGCACCAACGACGACGUGAUUGUUGUCGAAUAA